GAAGUUGCUGCUACCCUGUUGGUGAGUUUGUUGUCAUUUCUUGCUGCUCUGCUGUUGUUUUAGCGGAAACUUCAGGCAUGGACGCGUCUGUCAGACCUGCUAUGGAUUUAAGCGGCGGUUUGGAGGACGUUCCUGUUUUAUUUGAAGGGCUGACAUUACCUACGUUUCAGUAUUCCCCAGAUAAUGUUCAGGGACUGGGAUGCACCGUUGACCCCAGUGAAGUCACCCUGCCUGGAUGCUCCUGCCUUUCACACUCCUGCUCCUCAGAGAGCUGCUCCUGCCUGCAGACUCAUGGCCAUUCAUACAGCCGCACCGGCACGCUGCUGGAGCUCAGCAGAACAGACUUUGGUUGCUGCUCACCUGUGUUUGAAUGUAAUGCCCUUUGCGCCUGCAGUGACACCUGCUCUAACCGAGUGGUGCAAAGAGGGUUACGCCUCAAAUUGGAGGUCUUUCACACCCGCAACAGGGGCUGGGGAGUUCGCACCCUUGAGGAAAUCCCUCGUGGGACAUUUGUGUGCGAGUAUGCAGGGGAGGUGAUCAGCUUUGGGGAGGCCAGACGCAGACAACUUGGCCAGAAAUCUGAAGAAAAUAAUUACAUCAUUGCCGUACGGGAGCAUGCAGGGACAGCCUCCAUCACUGAGACGUUUGUGGACCCGGCCCAGGUGGGAAACGUAGGCCGCUUCCUCAACCACUCCUGCCUGCCCAACCUGUUCAUGUUGCCAGUACGUGUGCACUCUGUAAUCCCCAGACUGGCACUGUUCGCUGGACGGGACAUUGAUGCUCAAGAGGAGUUGACAUUCGACUAUUCAGGAGGACACACAAGCCAAAAUCCUGCAGAGCUGCUGUCCACGCAGAGCGACGCUGCCGUACAGGCCAGUAGGACAGAUGGACUCCAGAGGAAAGCAUGUCACUGUGGUGCCAAGAAGUGCACACAGUUCCUUCCUCUUGAUUUAUCCAUUCUCAACUGAUCUAAAAUACAUUCCGUUUCAUGUUUCUUUUUAUCUAAAUGUUGAGGAAUGGAUUAGUUUCUAAAGAUUUUUCUCAAACCUGAA